AUGUCUAGUCUCGCAUGCUCUGAACUUUACCUUUACAUUGGUACUGAAGUUACCUUCAACACACCAUCAUCCCAAACGUGGGUUCUCGAGGAGAAGCUCACCGAGGGUAUUCCUAUUGAAGGAAAUGAGUAUCAACGCCCUGAGGUUCGACAACGAAAGGCCGCUCCUCCACGAAAGCAUGGAGAGCUAGACGUCCUAAAGGAUCUAAAGCUACGAAAAUGUCCCGUGGUCCCGAGUCUCCUCGCUUAUAAAGAAGGAAAACAAGGCAAUGAUGGCCUAGUCGUAGAUGGAUACAUUACACAUAUUGUAUGGGAUAAGGUUCCGGGGAAGGAACUGAACCAGGAUAUGGUCUGGAAUCGUACGUCAGGUCCACUACGUGAGGCCGUCCGCGCAAAGUUUCGCGAUGUCUGGGGGGAGCUGAGGCGAUAUGGAUGGCAGCCAGCCGUGCCUGGACUGGAGAAUAUCAUCUACGACGAGGUUACGGAGACGAUGCACAUUAUAGGCUUCCGAGACCCCGCCCUAUUCGAGCCCGAAGAGAAAGACCAGAGAGAGUUUUUCUAG